CUGGUUGUGAAAAACUUUGUGUUUCACUCGGAGGCAGUUUGUUUAACCUUCGUGCCUUAAAGCCUUCGCAAUACUCAAGAUUCAACUUCACAAACCACUCGCUACGCACGUGGUUCAAUUUUGGAAUCUUUCGCUGGCUCGGGUAUCAAUAUCAGCACGAACGGUUACACAACAACGUUGACCCCUUGUAAAACAAAUAACUAUUACUUAACUGUAAGUUAUUUGUCCAAAGUGAAACAAACAUCCAUGCAAUAUUUUAUUUACCUAUGAUAUGUUCAAAAUUGGAUUUUGGUAUAUAAAAACACAGUUGAGACAAAAUUAUUGUAUAAGCUUUGUGCGAUUUGUGCGAAAAGCCUGACGAAGGAUCUAAAUUUCGUAAUCUGCCUCUUUUUUGAUGGCCAUAGGAGGGCCCCGCCUGAAGUCAGAGUUCAAGUGAACUUUCAUACUAUUUUGCAAUAUAUAUAUAUCGUCGUAUGUAUAUUUGUUUACCAUCGCUUCGUCUGCUUGGAACUUGAAACAGUUAUUGUAAGAUAAAUAAAAUGGAAAACAUAAUAUGAAUCUUAUAGCUCCAAAUAGCCUUGUUAUAAAAAACUGUUACCUACUCUACACAAUUGGUCAAUAAUUUUUCUAAAGUACACCUCAUCUCAUCCAUCAUGAUACUAACCUAACCUACCCUUCCCCAGGAAUCUAAGUCUACUACAGAGCACACAGUCGCUGUGGUCGAAUUCGGUCAGGAAAAUCAUCGUCAUAAAGACAACAUUCGGGAUGAAUAAAUAUUACUCCAAAUGAUUUUCAGUCAUCUUGGCUAAAGCGUUUGAUCAGGCCUGUGACUAAACUAUUUUGUCAACGCCUCCAUCUCACGGACUGCUAGAGGUUCAUGUCAUGAAUUAUGAAAUAGGAUAUACUUUCUCUCCCGCAGAGGCAUAAGGUGUCGGCUUACGUCCUUUGAUACCUAUGGAAGUGUCCUUCGUGGGCGAUCUCGUUGUGAACGCGAAUGCCUUUGGGCCGCCGCGCCGCAUCGCUUUGCAUCGCUAGUUAUUCGCUCACGUAAGCCACUGCGUAAGUGCCAUUAUAGUUGCCAUUUAUGUUUUACUUUACUAUAAGUAUGGCGUCUCCCAAGGCUCAGUGUUGUCCCCACCACUGUUUAUUCCAUAAGUAGAAAAAUAAGUUAACUUAGGGUGCUCACUGCAUACAUGGCUAUCCUUACUUAAAUAAAAAGUUGUGUGGGAGUAUGGUAAAACUUGUUAUAAAUUGGUUUGAAACUUAAUACUUCUUAAGCUUAAACCUUAUUAUUACACCACCUGUUUUCUGCCUCUACAUUUAAUCAAAUGUUUCUUUUGUAUCUUUUUAGUAAGGUGUGCCAACAAAGAGUAUUCUAUCUAUUCUAUCUUUCUAUCUAUAUAAUUAUAAAUUUCCGCAGGUUCGCUUAAAACGUAUUAUAAACAGGUUUUUAUGUAUGUAUGGAGGGAGCAGUCUAAGGUUUCUUAUUUCUCUAUGGACCUGACCUACGAUAAUAUCCUCAGACUAGUCUGAAACCUUUCCCCUCAUUCAAAUCGUGUUCUCACCCACACAACCAAAUCAUCACCCCUUACACAUUGACCUCUCCCGUCACUACAGCACACCAACGAAUUAUUUCUACAACACUGAACCCCACACACAGCGGCGGCACGCGCGCGAUUCUGGCCCCUAUAGCCUGGCUGUGCAAUGUGUCCUACAUUUACCGAUCAGUAAGAUAACCUCAAAUUUUGAGGAUUCGUCUCGGAAAGAUCAUGUUAUUUAACACGGAUUGAUUCACUGACGAUUUUGAUUGUUAUUAUUAAGUAUUUAGAGGUUAAUUUGGAGUGAUUUUAUUGUUUGUUAGUGGUUUUUUGGUGACAGUCUGACAGACAGUGACGAGUCGCGGGGAUGUGCGUGCGGAUUUUUUUGAGUGUUAAUGUGCUUGUGUCGUGAGUGAGGGUGUAAAUGAAAAUUCACUUGUGGCUGAAAUGAGCCAAACGGCGACAGACGACAGCAUGAGCGACGAUGUGUUCGAGGAGCCGACAUUGCGCGCGCCCGCGCAGCGCGGUACGCCCUCCCCUACUGGUUACCGCGACUACCAGCCCACAGACACGCCGAUCAAGACCGUUCAUGACGACGAUGUGCCUAUACACAAAACCAUACUUCUGGGCGACAGUGGCGUCGGCAAGACGUCGCUGCUGGUCCAGUUCGAAACCGGCAAGUUCCAGGCGGGGAACUUCUCGGCAACCGUCGGGAUUGGCUUCACGUUCAAGAGUAUAAGAAACUCUAAAUUAAGUGCAUCACAAGUUACUAAAAUGCCAGUGAAGUGAAGUGAAAACAAGCAAAAUUUUAGUGCCCCUAUCAUGACAAC